AGGGUGCCCGCCCGCCCGCCCGCCGGCGCUGAAGGGCUCUGGGUCGCCAGGCGCAGCCGCGGGCAGAGUGGGGAGCUCGCCCAGGGGACUGCCCGCUGCCUGCCGGGGGCUCCCGGCCUCACCAUGCCGCCGUGGGGGGCUGCCCUGGCGCUGUUCCUGGCCCUGCUCGCGCUGCUCCUCCUGCUCGCCCCGCGGCUCGGGUGCCUUUGCAGGCGCGCCGUCGGAGCAGAGACCCUGCCGGAGUCCCAGGACCGAGACAGCGAGGAAGAGGUGGACGGCGGAGGCCCUGCCGACCAGUUCAGCGUCGGGAGCCAGCCGCUGCCCGGUGGGUGCAGCCUCCUCUGUAAGCCGUCGGCGCUGGCCCAGUGCCUGCUGCGCGCGCUGCGGCGCUCGGCGGCUCUGGAGCCGGGCCCUCGCUCCUGGCUCUCCGGGCCCCACCUGCAGACCCUUCUCCACUUCGUGCUGCCCGUUGGGCCGGGGCCGGAGCUGGCCCGAGAGUACUUGCAGUUGGCAGACGAUGGGCUGGUGGCCCUGGACUGGGUCGUAGGACCUUGCGCCCGGGGUCGCAGGGUCACUGGCGCCGGGAGCCUUCCUGCGGUACUGCUAGUGAUCCCCAGCGCGUGGGGACGCCUCACCCGCAACGUGUUGGGCCUCUGCUUGCUGGCUCUGGAGCGGGGCUACUACCCGGUCAUCUUCCACCGCCGCGGCCACCACGGAUGCCCGCUAGUCAGCCCCCGGCUGCAGGCUUUCGGGGACCCGUCGGACCUCAAGGAAGCGGUCACCUACAUCCGCUUCCGACACCCGGCGGCGCCGCUGUUCGCCGUGAGCGAAGGUUCGGGCUCUGCACUUCUGCUCUCCUACCUGGGCGAGUGCGGCUCCUCCAGCUACGUAACUAGCGCCGCCUGCAUCUCGCCGGUGCUGCGCUGCCGCGAAUGGUUCGAAGCCGGCCUCCCCUGGCUCUAUGAGCGCGGCUUUCUGCUGCAGCAGAAGAUUGCCCUCAGCAGGUAUGCCACGGCCCUGGAGGAUACGGUGGACACCAGCAGGCUAUUCAGGAGCCGUUCUCUGCGUGAGUUUGAGGAGACCCUCUUCUGCCACACCAAGACUUUCCCCAUCAGCUGGGACACCUACUGGGACCGCAACGAUCCCCUCCGGGAUGUGGAUGAGGCUGCUGUACCUGUGCUGUGUGUGUGUAGCGCUGACGACCCGGUGUGCGGGCCCCCUCACCACACACUGCCCACCGAACUUUUUCACAGCAACCCCUACUUCUUCCUGCUGCUUAGUCCACAGGGAGGCCAUUGCGGCUUCCUGCGUCCUGAGCCCUUGCCUGCCUGGAGCCACGAGGUCAUCUUGGAGUCCUUCCGGGCUUUAGCUGAAUUCUUUCGGAUGGAAGAGAAGCUGAAAGGGCUGAGCAGGCGCCGGGCUUCCUUCCUAGGGGGCCGGCGGUGCUGGGGAACCCCGCCAAAGCGGGAGGUUUAUCCCACUUUGAAUUUGGAGGAGAGCUUUAGUUGGAAACGAUCAUAUACAAGGUGAGACCAGGCCUGAAACACCCUGAAUACUACAUGGAAGAGCAGAGCUGGGCAGGUAGGAAGACAGCCAGGACUGGAUGGAAAGGAACUCCAGCUCUGUGUUGCUGACCUAUUGUGGUCUCAGAGUGGA